CAGGCGGGAUCCCGUUACCCGCUGCUGAAGGUCUGCAGGGACCCCCCAGGGCCCUGUCGGGAGACGCGUGUGCCCGGGGAAACGUCCUUUAGGAAAAGACUCUGCUUCCCGGCAGAGCUCUCAGGUAGAGCAGCAAGGAGGAAGUAAGAGUUGAUCUCCGGGCUGUCCUACUACUGAUAUGUUUGACUGAAAUGUAGGAGACCAAGCCUCUCUGCAAACCAUUUUCCGGGGAUCUUUUAGCAAAUCUUCUCCCUUCCUGUAAAAUUGCGCAGAUUUGACAACUGAAACUGGGGGAAUUGAAAGUCUGGUAACUAAUCCGUAAUUUUCAAUUGUUUUUACAGAUGAAUGAUCUUGUGCAGUUUCUCCAGAACUGUUUCCACUGAUAGAAUGUCAUCAGAUCCCUUACUUUGAGUUGGCGUUUCAAAUCUAUUAAUGAGAUAUUAGCAAAAAUGAAUAAUAAAAUAAAUUAUUUGUUAAAUACUGUUAGAUGUGUACAUAGGUACAGUUCUGUGCUCACUCCCAAAUCUUCAGCCACAAUAAGAAAACACAUUUUAUGGAUUGGCAGAUACAGGGAUCCCUUAGAAAAUGUGAACUUAAGGAAAUUACUUUUAAAUACUUUGCCUUCUCUACGUGGAUCAUCUCUUCGAUAUCUAUCUCAAAAGACAGAUGUUUAUAGCACAGGUGCAGAGGCUUUGGUGAGUGAGAAGACUUCCCAGAGCUCCUUGGAAGUUGAAAAGUUGGAUGAUUCUGGGAGCUUCAAGCCGAAGCACGCAGUAGAUCAUAGUGACCCGUUCUUUAUCAGUCUCCGGAAAUGCACCUGUCCUUGCGAUGCUCUGGACUUGGCUUCAGAGGCGGCUGUUUCCAUUAAGCACUACACAAACUCUUUAACCAUGGCCUGGAGGCUCUUCAAAAACCUGUCGGAAGAGCAGCAGCGCUACGAGAAGCAGCUGAUUUUUGAGCACCCGGCGUUCGUGAGGCUGUGCCAGCAGCUGCUGCGCGACGCGCGCAGGAUGACGCGCGGGGACCUGGUGUUCAGCCUGCACGCCCUGGUGAACCUCGGCGUGCCGCAGAACACGCUCCUCGUCCAGACCUUGGUGAGAGUGUGCCAAGAGAAGCUCAAUCAACUUGAUAACCGAUGUAUCUCAGUUUUGGCAACUACUUUACCAGGGAUGGAUAAAGACAAGAAUGUGAGCGCUCUUCAAGCUGGAUUACAGUUACUAGUGGAGCAGCGCAUUUCAAGUAUCAGAGACAUCUUUAUUCUGCAAAACCUGAUGAGGUGCCUGGGAAAAGAUGCUCCAGUUUUUCUGAAAAAGAAAUUAGAGAUGGCAGUUGUGAGAGAAAUAGAUGGUUUGACUUUUCCGAAUGCUCUGCGUAUGUUUUUGGCUCUUUCUGCAAUGAAUUAUUGUUCCCUUCCAAUCCUGAAUCCCUGCAGUAAAAAGAUCCAGGAAAACGUCCAUGAUAUUCCAUUUCGGCAGUUAAUUCUCGUUCUGGAAGCUUGUUACACUCUCCAGUACCGUAAUGUAAAACUGUUUUCAGCAUUAGCAGACUAUGUUAAUUCUACUGCCUACCUUUGGGACAAAAGACAGAUUAUCCUUUUUCUCUCUGCCUGCGAGACACUUGCAUUUCAGCCUACUGAGUUGCUGGAUAAUUUUGCUGAGAAGGUGACAGAAGACCCUGAUUUCCUUAACUUGAAAAACCUUUUGAUUGUUCUUCGAGUGUAUUCACGACUCAACCAUGUUCCCCGAGUCCAAAAGCAUCUGUUUUUUGAGACUCUUCAUAGCUGCUUGAAUAAGUGCCUGCCUCAGAUUUCCAACACAGAACUGCUGAAGGCAGUGUAUUCUCUUGGCAUCUUAGGAUAUCUUCCCCACCGUGCACUUGAUGAGCUGCUGCAAAAGGACAGCAAGGAUGAACUUACACUGUCAGAUGAUCUUAAAGAACAAAAAACAGUGAUGCUUCACUCAGUGAAAACAUGUAUGGAACUUGACAGCCCUUCUUUCACAAAGCCUGCAUUUGUGCUGACUGAGAAUUUGUCCUCAUUAGUAUCUCUUAAUCUCAGAAAGGCUCAGGAGGCACUGAUAGAACUUCUGGGAGAUGAGAACAUGUUUCGGCAAAACGUUCAGCUGCCGUACAGAUAUCAUAUUGAUUUUGAAAUCAGAAUGGAUUCAGACAGGAAGAAAGUGCUCCCCAUAACUGCAACAGAUGAUCAUCCUGAUUCACGUGUUCAGAGGUUGGCUUUUCUGUUUGCUCCUGUGUCUGCCUUCUGUCUAGGUACAGCACACCCCCAGGGGAAGCUGGCAAUGAAGAAGCGGCAUCUAAAUAAACUGGGCUAUCACGUGAUUCUGAUCCAGAACAAGAAGUUUCAGGAAAUGAAAAAUGAAGAUGCAGUUGAGUUUUUGAAAAGAAAAAUUUAUUCAAAUGCUUUCUCUUUUCCUGAAGCAACUGUGUAG